AUGCUGGGCUUCGUGAUUCAGCUACGGCGCUAUAAAAUUCUGGAUUAUAAAUCUAACUGUUCUUUCUUUUUAUUUUUGAUAUCUAUCUAUCUAUCUAUCUAUCUAUCUAUCUAUCUAUCUAUCUAUCUAUCUGUAUUUGAACUUUUUUCUUCUCUUUCGACCGUUAUCUCUUACUUUUUCUGUCUUAUCUUUUCUGUUUGCCUAUCACCGUUUCAUCAAAAGGAUAAGACCUUUUCUUUCUUGCUUUCCAAUCCUGCUGCAACGGGCGACGAGGGUAGGCACAGGAUAAUACUGGUAGCCCUUAGUUCGAAGCCUACACGUUGGCGGUGUAAGCAAGAUGACCGUUUCAUUGCGCCACUGGGACUACGCAUCGUCUCGUGUCCUACUUGCGCGACCAGGCGGACCUUUUUCAAGGAUGGGCACCGCCUGCCUCACACGAGGAGUCGACGAAAGAAGUUGAAAUCUUUCGUUCUUGUUACCGGGAAUAUACAAACCAUCCUGGACUGUCACGUUCAUAUUAGACCAUAUCGAAGAACUGCGCUGAUUGCAUCUGAACUCAAGCGCUACAAUGUAGGUAUCACUGCACUCAGCGAAACAAGAUUCCCUGGUAAAGGUUCUCUAACUAAGGAGGGCAAGGGAUAUGCAUAUAUCUGGAAAGUUCUUCCCUCCAGAGAAAGUCGAGUCCACGGUUUUGGGCUCGCUGGUUCGCUCAACCUCCUUUCUGUUCCGAUGUGGGCACAGCGAAUGACUAAUGACCCUCAGAAUGCCUCUCUCCAAUAA